AUGGGGAGGGUCAAGCUGAAGAUCAAGAAAUUGGAGAACAUCAGUGGGCGGCAGGUCACGUAUUCGAAGCGGCGGUCGGGGAUCCUGAAAAAGGCCAAGGAGUUGUCAAUACUCUGCGACAUUGAUCUCAUCCUUGUCAUGUUCUCUCCCACAGGGAAGCCCACCAUAUGCAUCGGCGAAAGAAGCAACAUUGAGGAGGUCAUAGCAAAAUAUGCUCAACAAACCCCUCAAGAAAGGGCUAAAAGGAAACUGGAGAGCUUAGAAGCCCUAAAGAAGACUUUCAAGAAGCUAGACCAUGAUGUAAAUAUUCAGGACUUCUUAGGCUCUGGGGGUCAGACAGUCGAGGAGUUAUCAAGCCAUCUCGGAUCGUUGCAAUGCCAAAUGGCAGACGUUCAAAAGCGUCUCAGUUAUUGGAGCGAUCCCGACAAGGUUGAGAAUAUCGACCAUAUAAGAGCGAUGGAGCAAUCUCUGAGGGAAUCUCUUGAUCGCGUCCGAAUCCAUAAAGAUAACGUUUCAAAGCAGCACCUGAUCGGCCUGCAGUGUGCUGCUGCUCAGUUCCAGCACGACAUGCAGUUGCCUCUAGGACUGACCGGUGACCCGAGCCCUUCGUCAUGGUUCCACAACGGCGGCGCCGACGGCCAUCAACCGAUGAUGCUACACGAUGACCCCUGCUUGAUCCAUCAGAGCGACAUCGGGUGCUCAACGAGCACAUCGCUGCAGAGCUACCCGGGCUACUUCAGCAUGAGGAAGCAAUCGACGGACACCAGCGGCGGCAGCGAGCACGGGCAGCCAACGGUGCAGCAGCAGCCGCCGGAGUUCGGCCAGGCCGAGUGCCUGACGUCACUGAACUUGGGCGCGCAGUUCCCGUACACACCCUUCGAUCACACCAGCCUGCUUAACGAGAGGAUGUUCAGGCCGGACAUGGAGCUACAAGACGGCGGAGCGGGCAUCGACUUCGGUGGUGGCCACUUCGACCUGCCCAGACCUGGCGACGAGGCCAGCUUCCAAAACUGGGCGUCGGCGGCCUACGGCGCGGCCAUGAUCGACCACCACCAGCAGCAGCAGCAGCAUCACCAGCAGCAGCCAUCGUCCGCACAAUCUCUUGUUCAAACCAUGACUAAAUCUCUGACCAUCAGCUUCAUGCAGCAACAAAUCUAG